AUGUCGCACACAGACAUGCAUCUCCCCAGAACUCCGGUCAUGCUGCCGGCUCAGUUGGAGACCAGCGCGCCAGAGGAUGCAGAUUCCUCCUCGGGGUCUUCAUCUACUUCGAUCUGUUCCUGCUGUACAUCGCCGCCACUCGAAGAACCAAUUCAUCCGGCCGACCCAAUUACUGAACACGGGUUGUAUCCCUAUACCGCUCUUGAAGAACGAUUCUUGAGGACGUUGACUAUCUUCUCCGCCACGCCACUCCACGCUCAAGCAAUGGCCAUGGCACCACAUGACCAUCGGGUAACUCGACAAUGGCUGCUGAUUGAGCUUCUCUCCCACCGGAUUUUCUCCACAUUUCCAGAGCAAGGUGCUAUCCGCAAGCUCAGCACGUCUUACUAUGAACCUGUUGGUCCGGGUGAUAUUCUGGUCAUUAGCGCGCGCCCAGUAACCAAGAAAUCGUUACGUUGGUGCGAGGCAAUCAUAACCAGGGAAAGCAUGCUGGUGGCCAUUGUCACGGCCCUCUACGACGGGCCACCUGUGGGAACGCGGGGCGACGCCUGGCUCCGAAGACCAGAUGACUUGUUGGAUCAGUCAGUUAGUUUAGCAACCUCGUCUCUGGCACCUGGGCAUGAGUGA